AUGGACGACUACGGCAGCGAGACGGAUAGCGACUACACAAGCUAUUGGCGAGACUGGUUCAUCUCGUCCCGCGGCAAUGAGUACUUUUGCGAAAUCGACGAGGAGUACCUCAUGGACCGCUUCAACCUGACGGGCCUCAACACCGAGGUGCAGUACUACCAAUACGCGCUGGACCUCGUCACCGACGUCUUCGACCUCGACUGCGACGACGAGAUGCGCGAGACGAUUGAAAAGUCGGCGCGGCACCUAUACGGCCUGGUCCACGCGCGCUACAUUGUGACCACGCGGGGCCUGACCAAGAUGCUGGAAAAGUACAAAAAGGCCGAGUUUGGCAAGUGCCCGCGCGUCGACUGCCUCCUGCACCCGCUGCUCCCCAUGGGCCUGUCGGACGUGCCCAACCACCGGCCCGUCAAGCUGUACUGCGCGCGCUGCGAGGACAUUUACAACCCCAAGUCGUCGCGCCACGCGGCCAUCGACGGCGCCUACUUUGGCACGUCCUUCCAGAACAUCAUGUUCCAGGUGUACCCGGCCCUCAUCCCCUCCAAGAGCCUCGAGCGCUACGUGCCCCGCGUCUACGGCUUCAAGGUGCACGCCGCCGCCGCGCUCGUCCGCUGGCAAAACGCCCGCCGCGACGACAUGCGCCGCCGCCUGCGCCAGGCCGACAUUGAGACGCGCUUCCGCGACGACAGCGCCGAGGAGGACGAGGACGUCGAGUUUGAGGGCGUGGAGGCGAGGGUGGUGGCGCGGGCGAAUUGA